AUGGCUGAAUGUCCAGCUGAUAUCGAUUGGCUGGAGGAGGUCAGGAGAGCUGUCCAGUAUGUGGACAGUAACAGGGCUGAACUCAUUCAGCGUGUGGUGGCGGUGAUGCCCAUUGCUGAUGAGUUACUGCAGAGAAACAUGAUCCACCGGGAGACGUACAAUAACAUCCUCACUGCGGGGACCAGUCAGAAGCAGAUGAGACUUCUGUACAGCGUCCUGGAUUCUGCAGGAGACACUGUGAAAUCUGCCUUUCACACCUUUCUGAAGAACAACUGUCCUCAUCUGGUUCAGGCUUCUGUCUCUGAGGGUGAGACACCAUUCAUCUUUACACAUCUGCAAAGAGCCCAAGAUGAUCUUAAAAUCAGUUUGAAGAAGAAAUAUGAAUGCAUCUUUGAAGGCUUGGCCGAGUAUGGGGGUAAAAUGUACAUAAACAGUAUCUAUACAGAGCUGUACAUAAGCGAGGGGAGAAGUGAAGGAGUCAAUACUGAACAUGAGGUGAGGCAGAUUGAGACAAGAAUGAGGAGACAAACUACAGAAGAAAGCAAAAUCAGCUAUAAUGACAUCUUCAGAUGUUUGCCUGGUCAGAACAAAGCCAUCAGAAGUGUGCUGACCAAGGGCAUUGCUGGUAUUGGAAAGACCGUCUCUGUGCACAAGUUCAUCCUUGACUGGGCUGAAGGAAAAGCCAAUCACGAGGUUCAGUUGAUGUUCAUUCUUCCUUUUCGGGAGCUGAACUUGAUAAAAGACGAGCAAUACAGUCUUCUUGGACUACUGCAUUACUUUCACCCUGAAAUUAAACAUGUAUUAUCGGCUGAGAAUGUUACAAAUGAAAAAACUGCUUUUAUUUUCGAUGGUCUGGAUGAAAACCGAGUUCCGUUAAAUUUUCAGUCCAAGAAGUUGUGUGACCUUACGGAACCCACGUCAGUGGGAAUGUUAGUAAUUAACCUAAUCAAAGGCAACCUGCUUCCCUCUGCUCUCCUGUGGAUAACCUCCCGUCCGGCAGCAGUCGCUCAGAUCCCAGUUGAGUAUAUCGACCAGGUCACAGAGAUACGAGGGUUUGAUGACCCACAGAAAGAGGAGUACUUCGGGAAGAGGUUCACUGACCAGGACCUGGCCUGCAGAGUUAUCUCUCAUAUGAAGACAUCGAGGAGUCUCUACAUCAUGUGUCACAUUCCUGUCUUCUGUUGGAUUUCAGCAAGUGUUCUUGAGCAGAUGUUGGGUCAAGAGAGGAAAGGAGAAAUUCCCACAACUCUGACGCAGAUGUACACACACUUCCUUCUCAUUCAGAUUGAUCAAAUGGUGAAAAAGUAUUCUCUGCAAAUGAAUAAGGUGUCAGAGAGGCAAAUGGUGAUGAAGCUGGGUGAACUGGCAUUUAACCAGCUUCAAAGGGGAAAUCUCAUAUUUUAUGAAGAAGACUUGAAAGAGUGUGGGACUGAUGUCAGAGACGCUAUAGUUCAUUCUGGAUUUUGCACCCAAAUCUUUAGAAUAGAAGACUUGAUGGCUCGGAAGAAAGUGUACAGUUUUGUGCAUCUGAGCAUCCAGGAGUUUCUUGCUGCUCUGUUUGUCUUUUAUACAUAUAGAGAAAGCAGCAUGAACCUGCUUGACCAAAGAGUCAUCUCCCAAUUACAAAGACUCUUCAAAAUCCAAAAAUUAUUCAAUUUACAUAAGAGUGCAGUGGACAAGGCCUUGAGCAGUAAGAAUGGACACCUGGAUCUCUUCCUCCGCUUCCUUCUUGGCAUCUCACUGGAGUCCAACCAGAGUCUCUUGCAAGGGCUACUGACACAGACUGGGUGCAGCUCACAGAAUACUGAGAAAACAGUGAAAUACAUUAAGGAGAAGAUCCAGAAUAAUCUUGCUCCUGAAAGAUCCAUCAACUUGUUCCACUGUCUGAAUGAGCUGAAUGACAACACUCUAGUAGAGGAAAUCCAGAGCUACCUGAACUUAGGAGAUAUGUCGACAAAGCAGCUCUCAGCUGCACAGUGGUCAGCUCUCGCUUUUGUGUUACUGACAUCGAGACAGGAGGAGGAUGUGUUUGACCUGAAGAAGUUCCUCGGAUCAGAAGAAGGGCUACUGAGACUGAUGCCAGUGGUCCAGUUCUCCAGAACAGCUCUGCUGAACCAGUGUAACGUCACAGGAAAAUGCUGUGGACCUUUGGCCUCAACUCUGAGCUCACCCUCCUCACACCUGAGAGAGUUAGACCUGAGUGAAAAUGAUCUUCAGGACUCUGGAGUGAAGAUACUCUCAGCUGGACUGGGGAACGAACACUGUAAGCUGGAGAUACUAAGAAUGAACCAGUGUAACCUAACAGACAAAUGCUGUGAAGAUUUGGCCUCAGCUCUGAGCUCAACCUCCUCACACCUGAGAGAGUUAGACCUGAGUGACAAUGACCUUCAGGACUCAGGAGUGAAGAUACUCUCAGCUGGACUGGAGAACCAACACUGUAAACUGGAGGUACUAAGGUUGUCCCUGUGUAGAGUCACAGAGAGAGGCUGUUCUUCUCUGGCUUCGGCUCUGGGUUCGAACCCCCGCUCACAGCUGAGAGAGCUGGAUCUGAGCUAUAAUCACCCAGGGGACUCAGGAGUGAAGCUGCUCUCUGCUCUACUGGAGAAAGUGAAUGUGGACCAUGCUGGACAGUGCAGGAUCAGAGCAGGACCACAGAAAUACUCCUGCCAGUUCACACUGGACCCCAACACAGCAAACAGAAAACUAGUCCUGUCUGAGGACAACAGGACAGUAACAAGGACAAAUGAAGAACAGUCAUAUCCCGAUCAUCCAGAGAGGUUUGACUUUUGCUCGCAAGUCCUGUGUGCAGAGAGCGUGUCUGGUCGCUCUUACUGGGAGGUUCAGUGGACCGGAGCUAUAGCUGAAAUAGGAGUCGCUUAUAAAGGAAUGAGCAGGAAAGGAAAGAGCUCUGAGUCUAUAACCGGAGACAAUGACAAGUCCUGGGUCCUCUGCUGCUCUGGCAGGAGUUACUCUGUGAGACACAAUACGAAAAACACUGAUAUACCAGCUCCCACCUCGCACAGAGUAGGAGUGUAUGUGGACUGGAGAGCCGGCACUCUGUCCUUCUACAGCGUUCACUCCGGAGGACUGACCCUCCUGCACAGGUUCACCUCCACGUUCGGCGAGCCCCUCUGUCCCGCGUUUGGGGUUUAUAGUGUGGGCUAUUCGCUGUCCCUGUGUGACCUGCAAUAG